AAUAUAUAACUUCGCUACUCAUUUUUUGCUCUUCGUUGCAGCCUCUCUCUCUUUAAGAUUUGGAAAAGACCUUUGCUUCUCUUCGUUCGGAAAACCAGCUCAAAGAUUCAAUAUGUCAGGUGAUGAGGCUGUUGCUGCUCCUGUGGUUCCUCCUGUUGCUGAGGCAGCAGUGAUCCCAGAGGACAUGGAUGUGAGUACUGCAUUGGAGUUGACUGUAAGGAAAUCUCGUGCUUAUGGUGGUGUUGUUCGUGGUCUCCAUGAAAGCGCUAAGCUUAUUGAGAAGCGUAAUGCUCAGCUCUGUGUCCUGGCUGAAGAUUGCAACCAACCUGAUUAUGUCAAGCUUGUUAAAGCUCUUUGCGCUGACCACAGCAUCAAAUUGCUUACUGUUCCAAGUGCCAAAACACUCGGCGAAUGGGCUGGUCUUUGCAAGAUUGAUUCUGAGGGCAAUGCAAGGAAGGUUGUUGGAUGCUCAUGUCUCGUGAUCAAGGAUUUCGGUGAGGAGACAACUGCACUAAACAUUGUCAAGAAGCAUCUUGAUUCUAACUAAAUCAAGCAAAAAGGUCAAGUUUACAGAUGCUUUCUUCUCAAAAGGAAACGCAUUUUGUGGCCACUCUUUUUUUCUUUCCAGUCUUUUCUGUUUUUGACAUUAAAUACUCAGUAGUGGACAUGUCUUGAGAUUUGUUUGGAACAUGAAAGUUUUGAUGUUUAUGUAGGUUCUUUCAGUUCGCUCAUCAAGGUUUUAUAUUUUGCUUUCUUACCACGUAGUUCUACUUCCAUUAAAUGAAAAUUUCAAUUUCGGAAAAAAAAAACAAAUUGACUUCUUGGUAUACAUAACAAAACCAAGCUAAGACAGACCUGUAGCAAGACCUAAUUCUCCUAGGAAAAAAAUAGUUUAGAAAUUGUAACCAAUCAGAAAAAAGGGAAAAAGAAAGAAAGAACGGGUUAUCUAUAUAAGAGAGGAACUACAGAUUGAUCAUUCCAUUAUUUUCUUUCGUUGCCAUAGAAAUUAAGAA